AUGAAAUACGCCAAUUGCGUAGUCCUGCCCGGCCCUCAGCACCACCCUUCCGGCUGGGUUCCAUUUCUGGUUCAGCCUCUGGUGGAAACCACCGUUGCUCCAAACUCUGCUUCUGUGUUCCCCAAAACCUGGACGUCCAGCCCGCAGCUUCUCAAACAAACCCUGAGGCCGGGUAGCUGUGAACUGGGGUUCAAACUGGUAGUGUUGCUGGUAGAGCUGGUCACGGUGAAAAUGGCUGGUCUGGAAACGGAAGUCAUCACCAUGGCUAACAAACAUCUGACGGGAUACCUGGCGGGAUGCAGCAAAGUUCUCCACAGCUCCAUCAGCAAAGUUAUGCCGCUUGAAGGCAUCCAUCUCCAGGUGCUUGGCUCGGAGAAAACCACGGGAGCCAGGGUCCCCACUAUUGCCAGCCUCCAUCUCCAGAUGUUUAGCACGGAGGAAGCCACGGUUACCAGAGUCUCCACCAUGUGCAGCUUCCAUCUCCAGGUGCUUGGCACGAAGGAAACCGCGAGUGGUGGGAUCUCCACCAUGACCAGACUCCAUCUCCAUGCCAGGUCGACGAAAGGUGGGCAGGGGGAAACCUUACCUGGCCAGGUGCAGGCCCAGGGCUCUCCGGAGGUGACCAGUGACCCGGUGCCGGCCCAGGUUGUCCCCUCCGUACCCGCACCCCACCCCGAAGCCGCUCCCUGCCUCCCUGCCCCACGGACUGAUUCACACGCUCCCUCCCCCCAGCCCAGCCCUGCCCAGCCCCCUCGAUGCCUGCCCGGCCUGCCCGGGCAGCACCUCUGGGGGGGCGGGGAGGAAGGCCCCACCCCGGCUGAGAGGGAGACACACAAACCCUGGAGCUCCCUCACGUCCCUCCCCUCCCUGCUCCUUUCCAGAGCCAUUCCUCUGCCCCUGGGAUCUCUCUUGGGGCAGAAAUCAAGCAAGCCCUCAAAUGUGCAGAUCCUCCAAACUGAAAUCCGAGAACCAUCCGCCCAGAACUGGCAGACUCACCACCGGGCGUGGUGCGCCCCCACGUGGUCAUGGGGAGCCCUACAGGGCCGCGUGCGAGCACGCGCACUCACACCCGUCCGGAACCUGAGAGCCCGAGAGGGAGUAGUCGGCUACCAGUCUGGUGUUACCGAGGAACCAGCCGUAGCCGGCAGCCGGAGGGGCGGUGCGGGUUGCCUCCCAGGGAAGCCAGCCAGUGGUGCCAAAUCUGAGAAGGUCCAACAGCCUUCCCCUGUCAUCGAAAACACUGGCCCCAAAGAGGCUUCCCUGGAACAUCGAGCAGCAAUCAUCAUUCAGUGUGCCUUCAGGAAGUACCACGCACAGAAGGAAAGAGAACGUCGAAUAAAAGAGCAAGAAGAAUACAAGGCCAUAAUGGACCAGCUUCAGAAGGAGGCCUUCCUGGCUAUGGUGAAGCGUGAGCAGGAACAGGCAAGACGGGAGCGAGAAAAGGAGGAAGAAGAACGGCGAAAGAGACAGGAGGAGCAGAUGCGUAAGAAGCAGAUGUUGGAAGCUGCCUUUGAUGGAGAUGUAGAGGAAAUGAGGGCUGUGCUAAAGGAGGCUGUGUCACAUGAACAUGUAUUCCCAUGUGGCCCCUGGACAUAUUUUCCUCCUGUCACUCCCUGUGUGUCACUCAUGUGGGUCUUUGUGGAGGUAGGGGACGUGCUGACCCGGGAGGGCGUAGGCCAUGAUGAUCGGGGGAAAGCGCUGAGGUUGAAGAGCCAUGUGGCUAUGGUGGAAUGCACAGAUGCAAAUGAGAACACACCACUGUCAGAGGCUGCAGGAGGAGGUCAUCCUGCUUCAGUCAAGUUCCUUGUGGAGAAUGGUGCCAAUCUCAACUGUAAGGGAGCCUUUGGUCGGACCCCUCUGUAUAGAGCUGCCUUUGGUGGACACCUCGCAGUAGUGGAAAUACUCUUGCAGAAUGGAGCAGACCCACGGAUCUAUGCGGAUGACGGGAAUACACCACAGCAGGUAGCCUCCUUGGAUGCUGUGGUAGAUGUCUUGAGGUCUUGGGAUGUGAGUCUCACAGAUGCCAUGCUGAAGAAGAUGGAGGCUGAGCAGCAACGUCGGGCCCAAGAGGCCCAGAAGCAGAAGGACAUAGAAACCAAGAGAAUGGCUACCAAUGUGCAAGAGCUGCAGAAGGAGCAGGAACGAUGUCAUAAGGAGCUGCAGAGAGCCUACUGUGAACUUAACAGGAGGAUCACAGAGCAUGACAAAUGUGAAAGGAAGAAGAUGGAUAAAACAGAGAUUACCUUGCAGGCCAUCAAAGAUGCUGAGGCUGUGGUGGAUGAGAUGCGGCUAGCAGCAGAGAAAGCAGAAGAGAAGCUGGCCCUGGCUCGACUGGAGCUGAGAGAGCAAACUCAGCAGGGGGAAGAAGAACUGCCAGGGCUGAAGUGUUCAGUGGCUGAACUCCAUGAUGUAUUGCUCAAGGAUGUGGGUGAUCGGAUCAAGGCUGAUGGGCGGUGGCCUCUGGUUAUUGAUCCCUCAGGUCAGGCAGCCACAUUCCUUCGCUACCAGGAUACCAACUACCUGGACACCCUCAACCCAGCCCAUUUGCAGCCUCAAAGUUUGCGCCUGGCACUGCUUGGGGCCAUCAGGUAUGGAAAACCCCUGGUGUUUGAUAUGCGUGAGAUUGACAUGUUUGAGACAGUGAAAAAGGAGCUAAAUUAUAUCCAACGUAACCUGGCUGAGGACCUUCUCUCCAAGAAACUGCUAGAAAAUGACAGAUUCUUGGCCCUACUUCGCCCAGAGGAUGGGCCUGAGUAUGACCGUACCCAGUUCCAGAUCUCUAGGAUCAUUCACUUCAAGCUCUUCUUCCUGACAAAGGCCCGAAUACCACCAGAGUCCCAGCUGCAGGCCCUGCUUCCCAUCCAGGUGCUACUUCCCCGGGAACGAUUCUAGGCAACUUGGCAACAAGAAGGGGCAGGGUGGUACUGGACAAUAAACUGUGUGUGCAGGC